AAGUGUCAGUUAAAAAUCAACUUCAAGUUGAUAUGAAAUUCUCAAAGUAUGGAGGAAGAUCGAGGGGAAGCGAUCGUUCUGGAUAUCUCGCCGGAGGAGAUUAAUACUCCGGCGGUGAUGAGAGUUCCACGGAGGAUUCGUGAGAGGCUUUUGUCUGACUAUAGCAAGAAGACAGUAUCUUCUGUUCAAGAUAUUGAAGACAAGCUUCUUCAUGCCCAUCUACGAAGACAGCAAUUUUAUCAUAACGUUUCGAGAAAGGCUCGUGCGAAACCUAGAAGUCCUUCACGAUCAUCUGAUGAAGAACUUGGCCAACGGAUCGAGGCAAGACUUCUUGCUGCUGAACAAAAAAGGUUGGAGAUUCUUGCGAAAGCACAGAUGCGUUUAGCGAAGUUAGAUGAGUUAAGACAAGCAGCGAAAACAAGUGUGGAGAUACGGUCGGAGAGGGAACGUGUGAAGCUUGGAACUCAAGUGGAGUCUCGUGUUCAAAAAGCUGAAGCUAAUAGAAUGAAGAUUCUCAAGGCAUCGCAUCAGAAAAGGGCUUGUGCUAAAGAGAGAACGUCUCAGUCUAUGAUGAGAAGGAUGGCUAGAGAGAGUAAGUAUAAGGAAAGAGUUCGUGCUUCGAUUAAUCAGAAACGUGUUGCUGCGGAGAAGAAACGUCUUGGGUUGCUUGAAGCUGAGAAGAAGAAAGCACGUGCUCGUGUCCAACAAGUACGUCAUGUUGCCAACUCUGUUUCUAAUCAGCGUGAGAUGGAGAGAAGUAAAAUGAGGGAUAAACUUGAAGAUAAAUUGCAAAGAGCAAAGAGAUAUAGAUCGGAGUUUCUUCGUCAGAGAAGAAGACAACGUGAUUCCAUUAGUCUCUAUUGCGAUAUGAUGCAGGAAGAUGCUGAUCUUCUCUCUAGAAAGCUGUCAAGGUGUUGGAGGUGCUUUGUUAGGCAGAAGAGGACAACUUUGGAUUUGGCGAAAGCUUAUGAUGGUUUGAAGAUUAGCGAGUCACUGCCAUUUGAGCAGCUUGCGGUGCUAAUUGAAUCGCCUAAUACUCUUAAAAUGGUUAAAUCUUUACUUGAUCGACUUGAAGUUCGCUUAGAAGCUUCUAAGAAUGUUACCAUCGCUUCUCAAUCGUCCAUAUUGGAUAACAUUGAUCACCUACUUAGAAGAGUUGCCACGCCAAGGAGAAAGGUUACGCCAAGUUCUUUGAGGAGCAGAAAAGGAAAGAAGGUUUCUUCUGUUAGGAAUGUGGCUGGGACAUCAGUAAAGAUGUCUAGGUAUCCUGUCAGAGUUGUUCUUUCUGCCUUUAUGAUACUCGGCCAUCCAGAUGCAGUUUUUAAUGGUCAAGGUGAUCAAGAGGCUGCUCUCAAUAACGCGGCUAAAGGAUUUGUGAGAGAGCUUAAGUUAUUGAUAAAUGUUAUUCAAGAGGGUCCUGUUCAGGUUUCUGGUGGAGAAUCAAAACAUCGGACCUUGAGAUCUCAGUUGGACUUAUUCGAUAAAGCAUGGUGCUCCUUUUUGAACUCAUUUGUGAUUUGGAAAGUUAAGGAUGCUCGGUUGUUGGAAGAUGACUUGGUAAGAGCAGCUUGUCAGCUUGAGCUUUCCAUGAUUCAAAAAUGCAGGCUAACUCCAGAAGGGGAAGAAACUAUGCUCACUCAUGAUAAGAAAGCAAUUCAAAUGCAGGUAACACAAGAUCAAGAACUCCUAACAGAGAAAGUACGGCACCUGAGUGGAGUUGCAGGAGUUGAGCGCAUGGAAAAUGCGUUGUCAGAAACACGAACAAAGUACUUUCAAGCGAAGGAGAAUGGAAGCCCUAUGGCUAAUCAGCUCGCAUGUUUCUUUUCUCCAAGCCCAGCUUCGUCUCCAGUUCAGUCUGUGUCUAGUUCCAGCAGCAGAAGUAAAGAUAGCAUAGGUGUUGAAGGAUCAAAACGUGUUAGUCGUUCUUUAUUUAAGGAUGAUACUCCACCCUCAUCUGGACCCUCUAGAGCCAAUAAUGACACUGUGGACGAGGUUUCAAAACAGAAUGAGUUGAUGGUGAAUGAGUUCCUGCACGAUUGGAAUUUCAAGUUUCCUGGUGGAUCCACUGUCAAGGAUGAAGAGAAUAAUCUUAAGAGAAGGAUAAAGGAGACUAUGGAGAGAGCUUUCUGGGAUAGUGUCAUGGAAUCCAUGAAAUUGGAAAAACCAGACUAUAGUUGCAUCUCUAACCUUAUGAAAGAAGUGAGUGACGAACUUUGCCAAAUGGUACCAGAUAGCUGGAAAGUAGAAAUAACUGAAACUAUUGAUUUGGACAUUCUCUCACAGUUGCUUAACUCCGGCACCUUGGAUAUCGAUUACCUUGGAAAGAUGCUUGAGUUUGCGUUGGCUACUCUGCGGAAACUCUCUGCCCCAGCUAAUGACCGUGAGAAUGAAAGCACCCACCAGAAUCUACUCAAGGAACUUCACAGGUUGUGUGAAGCUAAAGAUGAGUCUGGUAACUUGCAUGCUGUUGCGAUAGUCAAGGGGAUCCGCUUCAUUCUUGAGCAGAUUCAGGAUCUUAAGCGAGAGAUAGGCAUAGGUCGCAUAACAAUCAUGAAACCCUUUUUGCAAGGGCCAGCAGGCUUUGAUUACCUUACACAAGCUUUUGAAAAGCGUUAUGGACCUCCCGCUCAAGCCUACGAAUCACUACCAGUGACACGAAGGUGGAUUUCAGUUCUUUUGUCUAGCAAAGACGAGUGGGAAGAGCACAGCAAUACGAUUUCAGCCUUGAAUGUGGUUGAGAGAUCCUCCAUGGGAAUUUCUCUCAAAACGGGUGGAAGCUUUCUAUCCUCGGUCAAUACAACGUCCAAGUCAACUGUUACGGUCACUGCAGAUGGCCAACUAUCAGAAUGUAAGGGAGAAAGAGUUGAUUUGGCAGUGAGGCUUGGAUUGUUGAAGCUGGUGAGUCAGGUAUCUGGUUUAACACCAGAAGUUCUACCAGAAACUUUUCAGCUCAACCUCUCUCGCGUAAGGGAUAUUCAAUCAGAAAUUCAGAAGAUAGUUGUAGUAACCACAAGCUUACUCAUUUGGCGUCAGAUGCUUGCAAAGAGCGAAAGCGAAACCGAAAGCAUGGCAAAGAAAUUGUUGGAGUUGUUAGAUGGGAAGGAAGAAGCAGGACUAACGGAGAUCAUCGAAACAACAAUGAGUGAAGAAGAUGGAGAGAAGAAGAAGAUGAUGAGAGGAUUAUUGGGGAAGAGUUUGGGAGAAGGUAACACAGUGUAUGAGAGAGUUACAGGUUGUAUAUACAAAGCGGUUCGAGGAGCUUUAUUAGCCGGGAAUGGUGAAACUGGGAAGAGAUUGGUUGAAACAGAGAUGAAGAAAGUAGGAGGAGGAGGAGGAUUGAAAGAAAGGGUUUUAGAGACAGCUCGAGCCCUUGGUGUUGUAGCUUGUGUCUCUGUCAGAGUUCAUGGUCCAUGGUUGACUCAUCUCAUGCAGCAACAUUGAACCACACCACUCGGUAAUUGUAUAGCUUUCUGUAUAUAUGAUGAUGAUAUAUAUAUCUACAAUAAUUACACGUGUAAUGUAAAAAUGCAUUGUGAUUGGAUGAUGCAUAAUGCUGAUUUGUAAAAACAAAAACGGCUUUGGUCCCUUUUUAGUGUGUCCGAAUGAAUAAAGUGUUUGAAUAGCU